AUGGGUGAACCAUACUCUGCUAUCAUUCCGUUUCCACCAAGGAAAUACAAGGGAAAAGGAACAUUCUAUCUUAGUACUCUCGAAAACUAUGAACCAAGAGUAUUGAAAGUUUACGAUCAAACAAGUGUUCCAAAAUACAAUGUAUUACUCGAUCCUCAUUCUCAUUCGACUGUGUCAGACGGCGGUUUGUCACCGGAGGAUAACAUAAGAUGGCACAUUCUCAAUGGGUACAAUGCAAUGUUUUUAACUGACCACAACAGAGUACGUGGAGGUUUGGAAGGUGAACGAAUCGCUCGUGAGAAAUACAACGAUAAGAUUGUAGUAAUCCCGGGAAUUGAAUGGACCAAUUGCAGAUGCCAUCUCGGACUGCUUGGAGUGCGGAGUGAUGUUCCAUUGUUUAAGAGUCCAACAGACCAGCAGAUUAAAGAUGUCAUCAAAUUGGUGCAUGACCAAGGUGGUCUUGUCGUUCUAAACCAUUAUCCAUGGUCAACUUGGGCAGGCUUGGAUCAGCCAGAUCUAAACACAUGGUUGUCGAUGGGUAUCGAUUUCAUAGAGGUGGUGAACGAUAGAACUCUGGAUAUGAGUGGAUUGAACUUUGCCAAACAACAUAAUCUCAGGUAUUUGACUGGUUCUGACUUUCACAUGGGAAAUGAUGGUGCUACUUGGACAGUGUUUCAAGUGCAAGACACGAGAGGAGUGUAUCAGCAAAAUCAACCCAUAACAGCACGUCAUCUGACAACCGAUAACAUCAUGUCUGGAUUGCGACACGCCAACAUAUCAUUCCUUUUCGAUGCUGUAGGAUCACAUCACAAGAUAGAUAAAGUCAAUAGAAUCAGUGGAAGAUAUCAAUUCCUUUCACCAUGGAUCUACCUAGGUGAAUUCUUUCAUCAAUUCUAUGAAUUAAGAAAAGGAAUGUAUAGUUUUGUAAGUGGAAGUUGUACAAGACAAUAUGUUGUUGUUCAUACAAAAGAGAUAGUGGCAUUGGUUGGUUGGAUUCUAUUUUUAUUUUUUAUGUUUGAAAUUGUAUACUUUAUAUUGUUUAAAUUGAUAAAGUCAUGCAAAGGCAAAGAAAGGAAGGCAUUGGAGAUCUAUGAAGAUGUCAGUGGUAGUGUAGAUGAAGAAUCGAUAUCUACAACCUCGAGAUCUAAAGAAAAAGAUAUUCAAUACAGUGAAAUGUAUGAAGGUCAAUCAAAUUCUGAUAUACCUUCAAACUCCAACUAUAUGAAUAACAAAAACAACAAUAUUAUAAACAAUAACAACAAUAUCAAUAAUAAUAAUAAUAAUAAUAAUAAUAAUAAUAAUAAUAAUAAUAAUAAUAAUAAUAAUAAUAAUAAUUCAAAAGAAAAUAGAAAUAAAAAUAAUAAAAACAACAAAAAUAACAAAAAUAACAAAAACAACAAAAACUAUAAUAAUAUCGACAACAAUAAUAGUGAUAUUAUAAAUUCAAAUAUUAAUAAUCUUUAUACAUAUCCAUAUUUAAAUGAAUUUAAUAACUAUAACAAUAACAACAAUAAUACAAACUUUAAUAAUAAUAUAACUAAUAAUAAUAAUAAUCAGAUAUAUGGUUAUUUUGGUUAA